AUGAGUCAUAUGCAGCGAGGAAACUACAUGGAGAAUGAGAGGGGCAAGCUGAUCGGGCUUCUUGUUGGCACGCGAAUCUUAGAAGAUGCUCGGGAGAUCACAGGCAGUAUCAAACACUCUCUACAUGUGCCUCGGGUUGCUAGGCGACAGACAUCAUCACUGAUCAAUGUGCCUGGAUAUGGCAUGCCCUCAGCGAGGAGGGACACUGUGUCCGCCUUUGGCAUUGAUUUCUUGAAAGGCAAGGGUGGUGGAGGCAACGAUCAGUACAAGCUGAGGAUGAGGAGGAAACGGAGACCUUUGACCCCAUCAUCUAGCUUUGACUUUGAAGAAGAGAUGUCCAUGGACAAUAUGCCUCCACACACCCCCUCCGAAGCCUCAGAUAGUUCUUUCGAUUCAGGGGCCAUGGCAAAGACUGAAUUUCCCAUGCCUGACAUGUCAAGUGGACGUCGUGAUAGCACUGUCUUCCCUAGUCUCUUCCUAGCAACCGAGAUGCCAUCAACCCAAGUGAAAGAGGAGGAAGAAGAAGAUCCUGUUUAUGAACCUCAGAUGACAAGGGUCAAACAAACUGUUCUGAGUCUGUUUGCUAGGAACUUCUACAACAUCAAAUAUAUUGCUCUUGCAUUGGUCUUCUGUAUAAACUUCCUUCUUCUCUUCUUCAAGGUUUCUUUCCUGACUGCUGACCUGAGCAUGGAGGAAGUAGAUCCAGAGCUCCCUGCAGAGUUCCUAGAGAAUUCCACCUCACCUGAUAGUCCAGAUACAGGAGAUGGUGAAGAUGGAUCAACGAUAGAUGAUGUGAUAGAACAGAUUCUUAUCAAUCAGCAGUUCAUGUAUCUUGUACCUAUCUUGAAUGUUCUUUCCAUCCUUCAUUCAUUGGUGUCUAUCUCUAUGCUGAUUGCAUACUGUGCACUCAAGGUACCACUUUGCUUGUUCAAAAGAGAGAAAGAGAUUGCUCGUAAACUCGAGUUUGAUGGUCAGUGGAUAACUGAACAGCCGACUAGAGAUGACAUCAAAGGCCAGUGGGAUUCCCUUGCCAUAAGCACUGUCUCUUUCCCUGUGUAUUACUGGGACAAGUUUGUCAAGAAGAAGGUUUUGAAGAAGUAUGAAGAUGCAGUGGGAGAGGAGAAGUUAUGUGCUAUGUUGGGCAUGGAGGUUGGUGAGAACCCAAUGGCUGGCAACCCGACAGAAAACCCAAACCAGGGUCUCUUCAGCUCAAUGCUUACAUCUCUAGAUUGGAAGUAUCACAUCUGGAAGUGUGGUGUGAUUGGAACUGAUAAUUCUUUUUUGUACAUUGCUUGGUACCUUCUCUUCUCACUUCUCGGCCAUGUCAACCACUUCUUCUUUGCUGCUCAUCUCCUUGACAUCGCCAUGGGCUUCAAGACACUCAGGACUGUCCUUCAGUCUGUCACGCACAAUGGCAAACAGUUGGUGCUUACCCUGAUGAUGACCUGUGUGAUCAUCUACCUGUACACAGUCGUUGCCUUUAACUUCUUCAGGAAGUUCUACACCAAAGACGAAGAGGGAGAGAUAGAUUAUAAAUGCCACAAUAUGAUGUCUUGUUUUGUCUUCCAUCUUCAUUCUGGUUUAAGAGCUGGUGGUGGCAUUGCUGAUGAGAUAGAACCACCUGACGGUGAUGACUAUGAGCUCUACCGGAUCAUCUUUGACAUCACCUUCUUUUUCUUUGUCAUUGUCAUUCUUCUUGCCAUCAUCCAGGGUCUGAUCAUUGAUGCCUUUGGUGAAUUGAGAGAUCAGCUGGAGCAGGUCAAAGAGGACAUGGAGACCAAGUGUUUCAUAUGUAGCAUUGGGAGGGAGUAUUUUGAUAAGCUUCCUCAUGGAUUUGAGCUACACACAUCUAAGGAGCAUGAUCUCUCCAAUUACAUGUUCUUCCUAAUGUACCUCAUUAACAAGCCAGAGACAGAGCAUACUGGCCAGGAGUCCUAUGUAUGGCAGCUUUAUCAGCAGAGAUGCUGGGAUUUCUUUCCUGUCGGUGAUUGCUUCCGCAAGCAGUACGAUGACGAGCAAGCAUGAUGAGGAGCAGGACAAUGACCCCUAUGAUUACUAAGUCCAAAGAUGUCAAAGGUUAUCGAGGCCAGGAUGUACCCAGGAAAUAGAAUACCUCCUGGUAACUGCUUAGCUUGUUAAAUGCCGAGUCCAAUCAAUAUCUUGGUCCUUACUGUAUUGGAUUGAGAUUUUGGGUUCAUGUGUAAAGAAAAGAAGAUGUGAAUUUAAAUCUCCCAAACAUGUCUAUUCACUGGAAGGUUCAUUUACUACUAAGUUACUAUUCAAUUACAGUUUCCAUAGUAGCAUUGUUUUUUAGCCAAUCAAAAGCAACCAUUAUUAUGUACUUAACUCACUGAACAUAGUUUGAUGUCAGUACAUACACAUUUUCUGUAGACCCUAGCCAUUGUUAUCUCUGGCAUAGGACUCAGUGGGUUAAUAGCAUCUUAAGUGAAUGGGGACCAUAUGGACCUAAUUCCAGAGGAGCAAAAUUACUCAAUUCUCGCUACCCCAAAUAGGAACAAAAAUCUCAUAAUGCGCGAGACGAGAUAAUUUUCACUCCGUUGGGUCGUCAUCACCACUUCCGGUUCAGAGUCAUGCUCGCGCGAGGUUCGUGAUACUGAGUUUUCCACCACGCUGAAAUCGAUGCCAAUCAGCGUAAUAUGUACAGAUUAUAAUAUUUAUUUAAUUUGGUCAGUUUUGAUUCCAUUUGAAUUAUGAAUAAAAAUAAAAAAUGUAUUUCACGUGAAAAUAAUUUUUAUUCAUGUUUUUAUUAGGUUAUAAAAAAUUAAAAAAGAAAUGAAUAUCUUAAAAUUUUGCAUUAAAUUACGGUCGUAUUCGACUAGACGCUAAAUAUAUACAGCAUUCAUUCCAUUCAAUUUUUCGACGACCACAAAAUGGAUAAAAAAUCAGUUUCGGAACUUAAAAAAAAUCUUAACUGACAGAGGAAUACCGUGUAAUGAAAAGCGUCGGGCAGAAUUAGUGACUUUAGCAGAAAAGGCUGUUAAACUGUAUCGUGAAAGAGAGGGUUGUGAUCACGAACUUUCCGAGCGAAAGCUACGUUGUGUUGUUGUGCAUGACGACACUGUUGAUCUGAAUGGCAAAACAGUGCAUUGGACUUCCGAACAGGAAGUUGUAAUACCGAAAAAGCUAUCCCAUAAUGCAAUGCACGUUACAGGGAUUUUCCCGGAUCUCGAUGAAAUCGCUAUUUGGGGUAGCGAGAAUUGAUACUGUCUUUUGACUGGCUUUGGUUGUUCCUGUUACCUACAUGAAAACUAGGAGGUCCCCUUAAAUAGCAAAUUUCAGGAGUUGAUUGGCUAUUAAAGCAGAUUCCAGAUAGCAUUCACCCUGCCAGUGUAAUUGCUAGGAGUCAAACUUUUCCUGAUGGAAUAUAUCCCAAAGAAUCGUGGUUAUGGUGGCAUUCAGUUAUCAUAACAAGACAACAUCAGAUUUGAACUGUGAUUGGUCAACAGCAAAUUUCUCAAAUGCCAGUGUUUGGGUUAUUAACACCAGCCAACUGCAUCACCCUACUUCAGACAAGGCUGGUGUAAGGUUAACGUUUAUUUCAUUUUGAGCUUUUUAAAGUGCAAUUAAUAAUCAUUUUCUAAAGCCAAGUUGCAGCUCAGUAAAUCUGCCUAUUUUUUGUUCCCUAACCACCAUACUUGAAAUCACAUUAGAUGUUAAUUUUCUGCAGUUUUGUAAAUAGCCUUUUGGAUGCACUUUUUAGAUUUUUUGAUUGAUUAAGAGAUCAAAUAUAUUUGUUCUUUUGCUCACAUGAUAACUUUUCUCUUAGAUAGCUGUGUGAUAAGUUAUGUUUCUUUAUCUUUGGGGGAGGAAUGAAAAUGCAAACUAUUUCUGGGUUUUUUCUGGAUUUGGUUAUGUUUUUCUUUCCUUUGAUUAUCACAAACUAUUUGUUAAAGUGUAUAAAAAUUUCCGGACUUGAAAAUAUAAAGAGUUUCUUGAGAAAUUAUGUGGUGUGUAACUAUAAGUCCAUUAAUGAAGGAACAUAAAAACAUGACAAUGUUUGAUAUUUUGGAUAUUCCGUAGCUGGAACACAUAUUAAGACCAUGAAAGAAACACAAGAAUUGAGUCAAAAUUGUUAACAGCUCAGCAGUGGCCAAUGUGCUGGAAGUUGGAUCUGAUUAAAAUGGACCUGCAUUAUAUAUUUAAAAUAUAAUAAUCAUGACAUGUAUUUUUUUUUCUAUUGGGUGCAAAAAUUGUGCAUAAAUUGAUGCACUGGUCAAUCUAACAAACCAGCUUUAAGGACGUUCCACAGUUAUGUUUGUGCGCAUUAUGAUCUGCGCAUAGUUUACACUCUGCGCGCUGACGUCACAAUGGAUGAACAGGUGAUUAAUUAGCUGCGGGUAUGAGCUGAUUUUUCUCAUCUUCUGCACUUUAACUGCAGAUCCGAUGCGUUAUUUCAUGAAGAUAAAAAAUUGAAUUAUUCCAUGGACCAUUCUAAAAAAUAUUCUCUACAAUUUCAAAAUACUUUACUCUGCAGUGCUGCCAAGAAUCACGAAUAUUACCCCGAGUUUGAAUAAAUGGUAGAGUGGUUUUGAUUUUUUAUUCACAUAUAUACUAAGCGUUCGGCGCAUUUUUGGUGUUUUAAAAAGCACAUUUGCUCUAAUAAAAAUGGGGAUAGUUUAAAAACAAGCACAUGAACCCCUAUUUUUUAAUGUUUGUACCUCUUAGGUAUACAUUCCUCUACAACUCUGCAAAUUUUGGUGAAAAUGACAUGGAUUUUUAAUAAAGUGCAGCAUUUAUUGUACGUUUGUAGUUUGUUACUGAAAUUUUACAUUUUUUAGAUUGGGAUUUUGUUAUCUUUUACGCCAUUUUUAAGAACUGACAGUGCUGUUAAACUUAAAAUUGCAAACAAAUAGCACUAUAAAUAGAUUCUCCAUUCUAAGGAUACAAUUAUUAACUCUCUUGCAAAAUUUGAUGACUUUUUCAUGUAUUUUGACUGAGUAAUAGAGGUUUAAACUCAUUGUAGUAAUCUUGGGCGGUCUAAAAAUGCCAAAUUCUUUUGAAUGCGCAAUUCUUAAAAACAUCAAUUUGGGUGAACUUCGAAGCUCUAUAGCAAAAAAUCAAGCACAUGGACCUAUGUUAACUUUUGCAUAUUUCGAAUAUUAAGGUUCUAAAGUAUCUAUGUGCACAGUUUGGUGAAAAUGACAUGGAUUUCACUUUAACUGUGGAACGUCCUUAAAUGGAAAUUGAAAACUUCCCAUAGCAGUAACUCUUAUUUCAUAAUAUGAAUUCAGCCUAACUCUUUACAGUACUUUGAAGCCCCAUCAUGAUAUUCUUCUUAUUAGUUUGGAUUGAUCACUUCAUUGUAAUUUUUUUUGUUUAGGAAUCAAUGUCUAUUUGUACACUUUAUAUCUACAUGUAGAGAUGAUUCCUAAAAUUUGUAAUCUAUAUUUAAUUUUCAAAAUUUUGAUUUUGCCAGUUAGUUUAUUACUUGCAUGUGUGUGAUUGAGGGUCAGAUAUAUGUUUCUUUUUAUAACAAAUAAAUUUACUCCUCCAUUUUGUUCAAAAAAAGGGUUCAAUAAACAAAAUUAUGUGUAAUUUCCUUUUUUUUUUUUUAUUACUGCAAUAUGAUGAAACAAAUAAGUGUGAUAUCAUGUUUAUCAAGUUUAACUUGAAAUCGAGUGAAAUUCAGACACUCACAUCUUUGGAAUAUUUUUCAUGUACAAGCCUUCUGGGACAUGUUGAAUUAGAAUCCAAUCUUUUUUUCUAAAUAUGGUGCAGAAUGAUUACAUCUACUUGGUGUAUAUCAUUAUAUGUUUUUUUCUUCUUCUAGAUCGCUUUGAGUGUCAAUGUCUUCUUUAGCCUAGAAACAUACAGUAGACAAACUUCAGAGUUAAAGCUCGAAAAGGGCAGUGCUGCACCAGCCCGAGUUUGCUCAAUCUCAAGAUUUUAGCCUGGUCGGCCCUCAUCACGAGUAAUCUUGAGAUUAAAAAACCCCGUCUCCACUAUCACAAGAAGAGCGAGGCAUCGAUGUAUUAUGGUCUGAAUUAGUGGGAUAAUUCCUAAAAUAGCGCCCUAUUUUGCAAAUAAUCCCAAGUUGACUUGGGAUUGCAAUCUCGAGAUUAAUCCAGCGAACUAGCUCGAUAAUUGCAUCUCCAUUACAAAUAAUCUUGAGAUUGUUCGGAAUGGGAUAAUUUGCCGGAUCAGAAAAAGUGCGCUAAUUUGAAAACUCUGGCUGGGGCAGACGUCCCUCAAUAAUUCUCUAUUCUUGAAGUGGAACUUUCAUAUUUGCGUGCUUAUUUAAUUACUGUACUAAGAUACCACAGCAAUAUAUCACAACUCACUGUGACUGGUUUAUCAAAAGAAGUUAUAAUUGUAUUUCUUGCUUUGUUUUAUGUGCAAUGUAUUUUAGGCAGAUUGUAGAGAUAUUUUUCAACAGUUUCUUUUUGAUGAAGUAAAUGACUCUGAUCAUGGAGAGUUUAAUAUUUUGCUUCAUGAUAAUAGUUCUUGUAGACCCAUUAAUGUUAAAUAAAAUGGAGAUCUCAUUUGAGGUAAAAUGUAUGAACUUGAUGUAACUUAUUGCAAUUCGAAAGCAAUGAAUGUGUUGUGAUCUGCCUUUACCAUGACAAAAAAAACAUAUCUGAUUGAUGAAUAUGAUUACACAGAACUUGAUAUCAUGCAAAUUUAAUAUGUUUUGGAGAUAUGAAAUGUUUUAUCAAUAAUUUAUUUCUAUAACAAGAGUUUAGCUAUAUCUUCACAUUUAUUGCAAUUUAAUGCUGGUUUGAUUUUUUUAAUGUCUUGAUUUAAUUUAUAUGACAUCAAAGAUUUUCCUGGUUAUGCAUCAUGUAAUGGUAUUUAGAUCUAUUGUUUGUGUCUGUAUGUUUGUGUAUUUAUUAUGACUUUUUGAAUCUUUUGUGCUUCUUGAUAUUUAAUCAGACGAUUAAAAUAAUUUGUCAU